UGGAACACUAGAUCCGGCUCAAGGUGCAAGGCACGUACAAUUAGCACGAGUGCUGCGUCUCUACACUGUGUAUUUGAUGCGUGACCGACUACAGUACUUGGACGGAGUGGCCGUCGCGAACGUUAUGCUCCAUCUCAGGCUUUGAUCUUGAUUCUUUUUUAGGUGAGCACUCUUCUUCAAAACGUCGUGAUGUCUUAGCUUCUUCGGUUUGUUUCCUUCUAUUAAUUUUGCCUACUUGAUUCCUGAAUGUCGUUUAGGCAUAGGCUUCGCAGCUUUCUUGACAUUUCCAAGCCCAAAAGAAGAAAAAAGUGGGUGUGCCCAAAAAAUUAUAGUUCUCGAACUUCUGGAGAGAGACGCUUCUAAAUAAGAGGACGUGUACAGUGCUUGGCGUUUGUUUCGAGGAACGCUGACCCCAGACUUCGUGCAACGAAAAUUUGCCGCUUUCCACACUUCUCUACGUUCUCUACAGAAAGUCGAUCUGCGAAACUCGAAGUUGACCAGUCUGGGAAGGGCGAUUCUCAGCGACAGAUAUUUUCCAGUGUUGAGGUUAAGGGUAGUAUUUAGUGAUUGAUCACUUCAGAAUCACGACGUGUAGAACCACGGCUGUGAAGAGAGACCAUGAAGUAAACUGAAAGAUCACGUUCAGGCUCACGACUGAUACUGAUUUGUAUCUGAUUCUAAUACAGCUAAUAAAUGUAAGAGUAACUAGUACUAGAAGAAGAAGGAGGAGCGAAACAGUACAAUGAGUGUUCAAGUUCAUGCCCAAGCUCAGCUUCAGCUUGAUCAUGUUUCGAUGAUGAAAUGAAGCCACUAAAUACAGUUGAAUGCUGAACCCCACCACUUCUAAUGUGGAUAUUGUGUCUAGACCAAAACCUCUUGCGGCGAGGCGAGAUAGGACCUCUGGGUAAACUCAAGACCUUGAAAAUGAACCGAAUGAACCUCGGAGAAUUGAAGCGAUUAGCAAUCCAGGACUCUAGUGCCACUGCAGGAGCACAGCAGAGUCUUGUUGCUUCAGGAGGUGGAGCAGGCUCAACUGUCACUGUGGCAAAUGGAGGCGGUUCCAACUCAGUCUCAAUGUCUUCCUCCUCCAAUGCCAGUACAACUUCUUCCAGUUCCAAUACUACUAGCGGUUACAAGCCCUUGGCUCGGUCCACUUCGCAUGCGGCCAAGAGUCAAAAUGUUGGUGGAAGCUCCUCGUCGAAGCACAGCAUUCUUAUUCAUCCUUUGCCCGGUCUACAGCACCUAGAACUCUCUUCGAACAACAUCCGUUCUCUGACGCCACUAUUGGAAUUGUCGCGGCGUGUCUUCCCGAACUUGCGCGUGUUGGUGUUGGCACACAACCAAAUAAGUUCUCUGUCACCUGCUCGAUGGAACAUGGGAGACCCGCGAGGUCAAAUAAUCCUACCAGGAGAAAGCGGCGCGCUGUUAUGGUCAAGCUUUUCUCAUUCUCACUAACAUUAGUGGUAGAAGUAAGUAGAACAAUACUUCUUGACUGGGACUAUCUUGCCGAUGAAUCGUCGCUCUCUUCCACUAAAAAAUAUGAGUAAGUCUUUCCACGUGCCGUCGUGGAUGAAGUACUUACGACACCAGCUAUUCAUCUCUCUGCUUCUUAAUAACUUACAUCCUCCUUGAGCUUCUUUUUAGGUUUAACAUCUAACCCUAGAAAGCACUGACGAGCUGCAGGAAUUUCACGCAUCGCGGAAUAACUUUCGAGGAUGUCUCAGUAAGCCUGGAACGGCUUCUGCUACGUUUGUGAACACAGCAGUUAGCAAUGCACUACGUGCUAGUCGACCUGCGAGUUCUAGCAGUGCUGUCAGUUGCCAAGGUGGUUCACUUCUGGCGGGCCAAUUCUUAUGCUUGGGGAAUGUGCAGCUCCUGGCACUGCCACAGCGCUUAAAACUACAACUGCAAUCAUCGUGAACCUCUACAUGAGCGCUUCACUCAUGACUACAUGACUAUGUUGUGCGAAAUAACUAUAACAGCACGAUCAUGAACAAGAUGAGGACGAGCCAGUACUUAGCCAAACGAAGUGCUGCUACAACUCUAAUGCUUCUUAGCUGUUUGACUGAGACUGUACAGGUUUAGCUUUUCCAUAGAUUGAUCGUAUUCUUUCAUCUAAUUUUUCCCAUAGCACAGUCAGGCAGCAGUUUUGGAGAUUCGCCUGCUCUCCCCUUUAGCGGACCUGGAGAGCACUCGCCGGUGAUUUCCCAGCUGAACGUGUCCGGAGAUGGUCUUUGUUCACGUCUAGGAACUGCAGCGUCAACGGUUCGACCUCGUGGCUUAGAUGAGUUCGUCACGUCGUCUAUCGAAGCGGCUAAAGUUAAGACAUUCACGACCAUGUAUUCCGUUUCUGUGGGCGUGUCUGUGGACUAGUAAUAUGCUGACUGUCUUGCAGCUCCAAUUCCCUCUUAUUUCAAGUUGUUUUUUGAUGGGCAGCAUCCAUUCCGGUUUACCCUGAUAUUUAUAUUUUGAAAGGGAAAAAUGAUAUUUUGAAGGCGAAGAAUUCCGAUUCAGCCAUAUUUUUUCACGAGGAUUUUUCACUUACAUUUAGAGGAGAAGAAAGGGUGAAAGCCACUCAAUCAAGGAUAGUGAAGAACUGCCUCUAAUAGAGACUAUGGCGCGUGGCUACAGCAGACUGGCGAUGCCGAGAAGGACCGAGCGCCAUUUCGACACCUGAAAAAGCUGAAGGCGCUCGUCUUGAACCACAACAAAAUCCGGCACACUGAUGCGUACAUUAAGAGCAGAAGUUGCAACUUGUGAACUGAGCUAUUAUUUACGCCGAUCUAGUAAGUAUGACUGAGUGGUCAACUUUUUGUUCAUGUUCCUGAAAGAUAUACAGAUAAGCUACGCCAUAGUCAAGUCAUAGAUGGCGAUAAGCUCCUUUUUGAUCAAGAUAAGUUACUAAGUCACAAGUUACCGCCUCUAAUCCUCGUUUCGUCGGUCCAGAGGAGCUGCAAGAGUUGCAUUUGACGCAUAACCGGAUUCAAAUGCUUGAUCCCUUUGGCAGUUGCAUCAAAUUGAAAGUGUUGAGACUCGACUUCAAUCGCGUAGCUGCUUUGGAAGCGGUUCCUGCACUAGUCCCAAGAAGAAAAGUGGGGGUGCAGAACAAAGAAACGCUUACGAGCAGAAGAAAGCGGAAGGUCGACAUCGAAGAGUUUCUGGAAAGUGAGAUCCAUACUAUUUCAUUGGCACGAAAUCCAAUAUUAAGGCUAAGUGGUACAAAAAAUCCAUUGUAGCUGUCUGUUACAGAACAGUUACAGUGUAACUACCGAAAAACUUACUAGCAUACCGUCUUGGUGUUGCUUUUUAUUCUUUUUAAAGUGGAUAUCCCUAUCCAAUUCCAAACCUCAACCUAAACCUUGUAUGUUUAAACGGAAUAGAAGAUGGGAUGCCCUCCCUCCUUCUGAAAAUGGAUUUCUCUUAGAUCAUCUAAGAAUAGCGCGUAAACCGUUCUAUCGCUUUGGGCUUUGCCAGAACUUGCCGCGUGUGCUCUUGAUCGACGGAAAGCGUGUGACGCAGGAGGAUAGGUUAGGCUAUUCCCUCAAGGACAACGGAAAGCAGCACUCGAACGUCCUCAAACUAGCAGCGACGGAAAUCCAAAGACGAGAGAAUAGUAAGCGUGGCGGAGGUUCUUAUCUUAAGGCUUAACGCCAUGAUGUGGUAUAUCAGAAAGGAAGCUCCUUUACUACAAGAUCUACCUGAAAAGCUUCUACAGAGUCUAUCGUCGUCGUCCACAUCAUUUCUACAACGUUUGCUUUUAGAUUUCUUUUAUUCAAGCAAGUUACUAGAAAGAAAUUUAUUUGUGAUAGAAGAUAAACAUACGAGGUGAAGCAAGAAUUACAAUUAUCUAAUAUGGUGACCUAGAUUUCUGUCUCUUUCUCUAAUUAUGCAGAUGCAACAAGUGCUGGUGCAGCAGCUGGAGCAGAUGCAGCAGUCUCUACGCAUUUCGGAGGGCCUUUAGGAGGUGGGAUCGCGGGAGCAGAAUUACUAACUUCCUCACCAUUAACAAAGGAGCAGUUCUUAGAUCUGGCAAUGCUGGCUCAGGGAGUAACAAUUAGGGGCAAUAUUUAUUUCUACUUCAUUAUUGUCACACUCCCUCGCGUCAUGUUUGUAGCGAAGUCAGUGGUCGUACUAGUAGUGGCAGGUCUAUCAAUCCGAAUAGUCGACCAGGUCAUCAACAUCGUGGGCAAACACUAUGCUGAGAUGAAGUUGUCGUAGAUUCCUCCUUUCUUUCCUCUCUUAUUUGAAGAAGUAAGGGCGACUCUGAGUCUGACUUUGAGUUCUUUAACGAGUGCCAGUAUCUCUGGUGAAAAUAUAAAAGGGAAUUCACUCUACUAAGUAAAUAUAAUGAGAGACUGAUAGAUACUAUUACUUCUACUAGUACAACAUAAAAGUGAUCUGAGAUUAGUUAGUGAUGUCUGAUCUAACACAAGUGCAGCAAGUUUGGCGAUGCAGGAGACAAAAGGAAAACUGAUACAACAAGUAGUGGAACAGAGAGCAGAGAAAAUGGCAACGGCUUCUACAUCUGCCCACCAGCAGGUCGCUUCUUCUAGCACUGGCAGUGGUCCUGCUACAGCUUUCACGCCAUUACCCCAGCCCCCGACAAUGAUUUCAGCCGGAGCCGGUGCGGCAGUGUCAGGCGGAGGGCCCGCCGCAUUGUUAAAUAUGGUCACAGAUGGAGCACUUACAAUACAGUUUGAACAUCUUUUCGAAAAGCAGCAAGAGUAUUGUAUGCAUAUAGAAAUAGAACAAGAAUAAUGUUGUAUUCGUGUUAUCGUAGAAGUAGGGUUCUUAUUGCCCUAAGUCAUUCUAGACUUAUGAACCUAAAGCACUUAUGUAUACAUAGUUUGAAGAUUGAUGAGCAGCAGCGUGGUGCAACCAGAUGUACAGAUGCAGAAAACUCCUGUUUCUCCACCUCCUUCAUAGUAGAGCAGACACCGAAAGACACACGGUUAUUGAUGGAUCGCCUGUUAGACCACAAAUUGAUGCCCACAUCUCAAGGACCUUUUGGAGGAGAGCAGGAAGAAGCGCAGCCUUAUGUUAUGGCUAAGAACACCAAUACUAAGUAGUCACGUCUUUUGCCUCAGUGCGUCGCCGGAUUAGUUGGUAUAUCUUCGUUGAUGUAGAUGUGGGGUGACGUACUCUUCAAGAAGGAUACACACUAUUGCGAACGCGAUUGAUGUAGGGUGGAUCCUUGAAGCAUGUGCUUAUGCAUAAUACUAGAGAUAUUGCGUUCUUGUAUGAUCAUUAAUUUUUAUUUUAUUGCGGGGUGUAUCGGUAUUCUCGUCUUGUGAUUAUUUCAUUCAAUCCCGGAAACGGAACAAUUAUGGAAAAAUAUGCUGGUUGUGGCACUUCUGAGCUCUAACAAGGUAGAUCCCGUUUUCGUGCGGCACCAGAAAAGCGUUGGCGGUCAUUAUCAAGUGACCAAAAUUAAGGCUAGAUUUGAGUGGAUGAGAGAGAGAAUCGAUCCUACGUACAGAAAAGUGUGUGAGUUGUACUAAGGUGAUGUCUGUCCUAGGAGAGGGCUGUAUGGAUUUUUCAAUGGAAGUAUCCUCUUGAUGCCCGUCCCCACCACGCGCCCAGAAUGAUUGAAGAGGAGAUGAACAACAUUUCAACUUGAGACUCUUCCUAGCCUCUAUCAUGAUGGAUAACUACUGCUAGGACAAAUACCUCUACACCUGCUCGACUAGUUGUGCCGAUAUGUACCGCUAACAAUUACAGCUCAACAUCGCUCACGACGUCGCAUCAGCAUACGCCUGGAUCGCAUCAGCAUACGCCUGGACCGCAUAACCUUUUGAAUGCUAGCGCAACUCCAGGAAGCACAUCGGUUUUGGGAAACAGCAGCAUCGCCUCUCCGAAGUUGAAGUUAAGUCUUCCGUGAAUUCAUGGUCAUUGAGUAGGAAUUAUCGCUGAAGGCAGAUGACUUUAUCGACUUCUCAUCGGGUUGCUUUAUGAGUUACAGUCACCCCACAUACACUCACUAGAGCUAGAGCUAGGGGCCUAUUCUUGCUCUUAUAAGCAUUCUUUUAACAAGGGAAAACGAAAACAAAGUUGACGUCAGCGAGAUCAGUUACUUCAAGAACUCAAAGAUACUUUUACUUAGUUUUCAAGAUGGUCUAAGAAGCGGCGGCGUGGUGAAAACGCGGAAACAAGGGUACGCGUCGCCUCCGAAGCUGGGAUCAUUGAGCCCGCAUAAAAGAAGAUAG